AUGACUACGCCUUCUGCUGUACCUUAUGUUCACUGCGGGAGGGAUCCAGAGAUUGCAGCUGCGGUAGAGCUAGCAUUACAGCCGGAGUACAACGCAAUCGCAACCUUCUACACGAUCGAGCAGAUUCGCGAGAACUUACCCAAUAUACCUUCCCGUAGAGCUCAGCUGCAGGAGAAUUCUCCAUCUAGUGACAUGUCGGAUUUUCCACGAGCUGUCAUUUUUGGCACGGCUUUUCCCCGAGAGCAAGUUUUGGAAACGAUGAAAUUGGCGAAUGCUGAUCAAGUUGUGUGGCUGCAUGACAGUCGAAAGUUGACAAAGGAAGACGGGCAGGGCAUUCCGAAGAAGGAGCUCGGGACAACCGGUGGCAGACGUAUUAAAGCGUGUCUAGCAGAAUGUCUCAAGCAACCAGAAGAAGGAGGAUCUCUUGAUGAGUUAAAGCCUCGGAACCUAGGAAGCCUGUGCUUGUACUAGAUAGUACCUACGUCAGGGGAAAUUGGUUUAAGCCUACAGUAACCUUGGCUUACUGGGUGGGCGGAAGGCUUGCAAUUUGAUCCCUAGGCUUGCGGAUGCUACAGAUAUUAC